AUGAAUAGGUUUCGCUUUGGCGACUCCGAUGAGUCUGCGUCCGAAUUCGACGAUGACACCUCCGGAUUGCCCUUCCCCGAGCCUUUAUCCCGUGCUUCCUUCCUCUCCCCCGACUUCGACCCCGCGGCGUACCUAUCCUCCCUCACCAAUCGACACCAGAGCCUCGAGGACUUGCGACAAGAAUUACGGGAUUUGGAUCAAUUACUCAGUCGAGAACUCCUAGACUUGGUCAAUGAAAACUACCAGGACUUCCUAUCCCUAGGAAGCGCAUUAAACGGUGGGGAGGAGAAAGUCGAGCAGGUACGGGUCGGCUUGUUGGCAUUCAAGCGUGAUGUUCAGUCCAUACGGGAUAAGGUGGAAGCCAGACAAGAGGAGAUGGUAGAGUUACUGAAAGAGAAGAAGCGCCUGAAGACGCAGGCCAAUGUUGGGCAGGUCUUGCUGGACUAUGCGGAUCGAGUCGAGGAGCUGGAAAGGAGAUUAAUGAUCGGAGACACUCCCCGGCCUACUCAAGAUGGUACCCCGGGCGAGUCCGAUUCGGACUCCGAUCUGAUCGAGAGCGACAGCGACGAUAGUGACGAGGAUGAACUGCCUAACGGCGCAACUACUGCGUCGCUCGUUUCCCUCAAGACGCUCGAGCGUCAUAUCCAGAAGUAUGUCUACUUGACUAAGCUGUCCUCUCGGAUAGGUGACAACCAUCCAUUCCUACAGAGUCAACAACCGAGGAUGUCGAAAAUACGAUCUGCGGUGCUCUUGGAUCUGAAGACGGCCCUGGAGCAGGCAAAGCAGGCGGGCGACAAGCGGGAUACGAAAACACUGGCCGUAUUGCGUCUCUACAAGCUCAUGGGAGAGGACACUACUGCCGUAUCGGCACUCAAGAAUCUGAAGUCCUAG